AUGCACAGGAAAGUCGGGCGGAAAGUCCUGGAGCAGCACUUUGCCGCACAGCUCCUGAGCAGCGACAUUCAGUCAGCGCAGGUGUCGGCGUCCAUUUGUGGUGAGAGGCGCGCGCCGGGGCAGCCGGGCCCCGAGAGCAGCAGCUCCCGGCGCCAGCUCUCUGGCCUCCGCGCUUGCGGAGCAGACGACGCUCAAAGCUGGGCCGACAUGCGCUGCAGAGUGGUUUGGGGGCCUUCUCUAGCGCUCCGGGGCUCGAAACACCGAAACACCCCAACCACCCAGUGGGAACUCGCCGACGCUGCCAGGUCGACGGGCCUUGUGAGUCUGGAACGGUGGAAGGGCAACCAGGUUGAGGCAACUUCAAGCAUUUGUGCACGCGUGCUGAGGGGGAACGUGGAUCGAGAAGGUCGACGGGCCUUGUGA